AUGACUAUGAGUAAAAACGAAUUUUCUGGUGCUGAGUACGGAUAUGGGUAUGACGCCUGGGGGUCUUGGAUCCCGCUUAUGGUACCGAACUCGUCGCUUUUGAUCUCGAUCUUGUUGGUGUUAUGCUCUUGUAUCACGUCCACGACCUUCGGUUACGAUGGGUCUAUGCUGAACGGUCUCAACAUCCUCCCUUCCUAUACUAAUUACUUCGACCUCAACCCCGUCACGACUGGCCUCUCAACCUCUGCUGUUUGGAUCGGUGGCUGCUUCGCCGGCCUCACCUUUGGUCGCAUCACCGACGUUAUAGGCCGUCGUCCCGCUCUUCUCCUCGCCGCUGUCAUCACUCUAAUUGCCGUCGUGCUGCAAAGUUGUGCUCAAAAUAUCGCAAUGUUCGUGAUUGCGAGGAUUCUGAUUGGACUAGGCACCAGUGCAAGCGGAUUGACGGGCCCGACGUAUUUGGCGGAGACGUUGCCGGAGAAAUGGAGAGCUUGGGGACUGGGCGUGUUCAACGACUUCUACUACGUUGGAGGGCUGAUCGCAGCAGGCGUGACCUUCGGAACGAGUUUCAUGCCGUCGACCUGGGCCUGGCGCAUCCCGUCCAUCGUCCAGGGCGUCUUCAGCCUUCUUUGUAUAAUCAUCAUUCCAUUCAUCCCAGAAUCUCCCCGCUGGCUUGCUUGGAAAGGUCGGAAAGAGGCAUGCUUACUUGUCCUCGCACAAACCCACGCCGAUGGGAGGUUGAACGCGGUCGGUGCGGACGGAAUGGAUGGGACAAGUGGGAUUGAAGAGGUCGACGACAUCGUGAUGUUGCAGUAUCGCGAGAUCGUUGAUACGAUGGAGUUUGAGAGGAGUAUGGGCGAGACGUUGAGUUUCAAGGAGGUAGUUAGGACGCCGAACGCGAGGAAGAGGGUGAUGUUAGCCUGUUCGGCGGCGUUGUUUAGCACCAUCGCAGGGAACGUGAUUGCGUCAUACUACCUCGGGUCCAUGCUCGACAACGCUGGGAUCACGGAUACAACCACGCAGCUCAAGAUAAACAUCAUUCUAAAUGCUUUCUGUCUCGUUUGCUCACUGCUUGGUACUUACUCCGCCGACCACUGGGGCCGCAAGCCAACAACAGUCGCAAGUCAGGGCUUGUUGACUGUCUUCAUAUUCAUGAUUGGUGCGCUCACAAAAGUCUACGGCGCCUCGACGAACAAAUCCGGCAUCUACGGAACCGUCGCCUGUAUCUUCCUAUUCCAAGGAUCGUACAGUUUCGGAUGGACACCCGUCUUGUAUCUUUAUCCCCCUGAGGUCAUGCAUUAUCCGAUCAGAGCGAAUGGCAUGGGAGCAUUCCAGUUUGUGUUGAACGGAGCCGCACUGCUCUUCGUAUUCACGAUGCCCAUCGCUAUUGCGUCCAUCUCCUGGAAGACAUACAUGAUAAACGGCGCCUGGGAUGUCAUAAUCCUCGUCAUCAUACAGCUCUGGUGGGUCGAAACGAAAGGGAAGACACUGGAAGAGAUCGAUGCGGCGUUGGAAGGCGUGAAACAUAGCGCAGUAGCAGAUCUGGAGGAGGUCAGAAAGGGGAGAGCUGGUAUUGAGGGAGUGAGGAGGGGAGAUGUUUCGGGCUCUGCGGACCUCGGAGGACGAGACGACUUGGAUGAGGAUCGAAAGUUGUGA